AUGCGACUUUUGCUCAUAACCACUUUAGCUCUCUCACAAGAGUUCGUCGUGCUUUCUCAAUACGCUGAGGCAGCCUUCCAGGUUCCGAUUUGUUCUACUACCUGUGAGGACCAAGCUAGGCAAUCAGGCUUGCCCACUGAUGGUUGGGAAAUGGUUUACGCCAACGGCGGUCCACCGAAAUGCCGUCGGAUAACUACUCAAGAACUCGGAAUCUGCUGUGGUGUUGAGUAUAUCGACGUGGACACCAAAGACGAGAAGUGUUGUGAAGAUGUGAGUGGUCUCACAUGGAUCGACAGGCCUGCAAAGUUAGCCAAGUGCUGCGCCAAGGAUCACGUAUGGACGUUCGAUAAUGGAGACAGUCCUACGCACGGAGGGUGCUGCAUGGUUGGGUUACACAUGCACAAUGGGAGGUGUAUCCCUCCGUACACUCCCCCCUCUCCUCAACACUGCCCGCCUGGGACAUAUUCAAUCGAUGACCAAUGUUAUCCAAUCAUUGCUCCCCUUCCACACUGCCCAGUUGGGACAUACUUGAACGAUGGCCAGUGUGUCCUAAAUAUCGCUUCCCCUCUUUUGCACUGCCCGCCUGGGACAUUUAUGUAUGAUGGCAUGUGCAUCCAACUUCCGAAUGGCAUCUGCCCGAUUGGAACGCGCAUGCAAGAUGGUCAGUGUGUCUCAUUGCCUCAGACGUGCGGCAAUGGUCAUGGCAGUAUCGAACCCUCAUGCGCAUGCACGAAUUAUCCGGUUUGUGGACAUGGAAAAUACCUAGGCAUCAAACAUGGUCAUUGCUAUAUCCUUUCCUUCUCUGAUGGCCUACAACUCGGCACUGUACGGGAAAACACUAUGUACGUCAAAGGCGGCUUCUUCGACGAUAUCCCUUUCAAAGUAUGCAAAUCAACGAAUGAUUGCUCCCAUGGAAAGGAGGUUGAGAUGAACGAGUCCUUUUAUCUCCAAGAUCAACAUGGAUGGUACACGGAUCCGAAGUCGACAAAAGGGUGGAUUGAUAAUGCCCAUAAUGGCGAGCAUCUGGGUUUCACCUUUGAUGCCAACAAGGCCGGCAGGUUCACGGGCACCCCUACUUGUGCCGGCAGUGAAUGCGGAAUUCGACUGCGCGGUGGUCCCGUUAACGGCGGAUUGGGGUUUACUGGCUCACUGGCCACGCCCGGAGUGACAUUCUGGGCCAACCCUAAAGUGAGCACAAAACUUCGUUUCUCUGAGGUGACAUGUGACGACUAUGAGGUCCCCCUCACCUUCGGCAUCUACCCUGUAUGAGGCUGAAGACUCUGGAUACUCCAUCCUUGGCUCCAGAUUUUCUCGUUCAAUCCGACACCAUCAUCUUUCAAGAUGGCUACGUUUGCCCGCUGUACAGCAAAUGACAGUCUGAUCUGGAAUUGUUGGAUCGUGACCCUUAUUGUCGUGUCCACAGAUUGUGAUACUUACGGUCAACUGGAGCGCAUUCAAUAUUCACGGAAGUUGCACACAAUGCCGAUUGUAGUCAACAUUAUAUGUACUAUGUCUGAUCGGCCAGCAGAAGGGUCAUUAAACCCAAAAAAAAUCCAGUAAAAAGAAAGAGAGUCAGGGAUAAACGGGCCAGUGUACUAGGACGCGAGACAACAAGAUGUAUGACAAUUUCAGUUUCGUCUCAUCUACAGAAAAGGGUGCCG